AUGCUAACAAUUCCUCCAAAGAUCCGCAACCGUCAUCAUCAAAAUUCCCCGUGCGAAGAACUACCAUCGCGACCGAACCGGGAGAGACCGUUACCAAGAAGAGUUAUCAUUCCGCAAGAUGUUUCGGACAAGCUAGCUUCACCGACAAUUCUUCCCCCUGUCAAAGUCAAUUUUUCUGCGAGCAGAAACGUAGAAAUGGUGGCGUGGGAAGCUUUGCAAGCAGUGAGAGUGCAGGCGCGGGCGGUUGCUGCGUAUCAAAACGCAGUUAGCAACUUCAAUUUGGUCUGGGAGGAGGUUCGUAGUGAGGGCGCGAUUGUGAAGCCUGCAACGGCUUUAUGGUAG